AUGAAGAAAAUUGAUAUCUAUAAUUCAUAUUUGAGACUAACAAAUAGAAUUUUUGAGAAUUCAACUCCAAUAAGAAAUCUUAAUUAAAUUUAAAUUUUAACUGUAUACAAACAGCAAUAAAUCCAUCAUCCAAAUAUACUUAAUGGUUUGAGAAAUAAGAAUAGUUAAUCUUAUAAAACUCUAUAUUCACCUUCAAAAUUUAUCCUACUGAUACUCCCCGAUAUAAUUCAGAAUGUUAAAAAUAAUUAUGAAGCUAGCGAAAGGAAAAGAUAAAUUGAAUUAAAUUCUUAAAGAAUUAUUAAUCCAAGUUUUGAAAAGAUUAAUUUAACUUAACAAUCUAGAAAAUCAUAAAAAUAGAUGCUAUAAUGUUUUAUUAUAUCUAUAAAGAACCAAAAGAUUUAGGUAAAGUAACGAAUUAUUAUAAUAAUAAAAGCUUGUANGUGA